AAGAGGCUCCCCGCCCCUUCGCUCCGAGUCAGCGCCGAGUCAGCCCCGCGGCGCUAGCGAUGGCGGAGCUGCAGGCCGAUAUCGGGUCCGGGACCGGGACCGAGACCGAGACCGAGACCGAGAGCGAGAUAGAGGUCGGGACCGAGGCCGAGAUAGAGGUUGGGACCGAGAUCGAGACGGGGACCGGGACCGGGACGGAGGCCGAGACCGAGACCGAGACCGAGGCGGCAGUGGCGGAGUCGGCGGCUGCAGGGAGCUCGGCGGAGGAGCUACUAAGCCCGGACCAAGUAGCCAGUUAUCGGAGAUAUGUAAAAGAAGCAAAAGAAGCUACCAAGAAAGGAAAUCUAGAAGAAGCCCUUAGACUUUUCCAUUUAGCAAAAGAUGUUUUUCCCAGUGACAAGGUCCUGAGCCGAAUCCAGAGACUACAGGAAGCCCUGCAAGAGCUGUUGGUGGAAGGAGAUGACGAAUUUGUUGAAGUGUGCAACAGUGGCCUGAUGCUGUAUCGAGAACUGCAUGAUCGACUUUUUGAGCACCAGAAAGAAGGUGUGGCCUUUCUCUAUAGCCUGUAUAAAGACAGAAGGAAGGGUGGCAUAUUGGCAGAUGAUAUGGGAUUGGGGAAGACUGUUCAGAUCAUUGCUUUCCUUUCUGCUAUGUUUGAUGCUAAACAUGUGAGGUAUGUCCUACUGAUCAUGCCUACCAGCCUUAUCAGCACAUGGACCAAAGAAUUUGCUAAGUGGACCCCAGGAAUGAGAGUUGCCACCUUUCAUGGUUCUAGCAAGAAUGAACGUACCAGAAAUCUAAACAGGAUUCAGAAGAAAAAUGGGGUAGCUGUUACAACAUACCAAAUGCUGAUCAACAACUGGCAGCAGCUUUCCCAGCUGGAUGGAAGAGAGUUUGUCUGGGACUAUCUUAUACUUGAUGAAGCACAUAAAAUUAAAAGCUCUUCUACUAAGUCCUCAAUUGCUGCCCGGGCUAUCCCUGUGAAAAACCGCAUCCUCCUGACAGGAACUCCAAUUCAGAAUAACUUGUAUGAGCUGUGGUCCCUCUUUGAUUUUGCUUGUCAGGGCUCCUUGCUGGGAACAUCUAAAACCUUUAAAAUGGAGUAUGAAAAUCCUAUUACUAGGGCCAGGGAGAAAGAUGCUACUUUAGGAGAGAAGGCCCUGGGGCUGAAAAUAUCUGAAAACUUAAUGACACUCAUAAAACCCUAUUUUCUCAGGAGGACUAAAGUAGACGUACAGAAGAGAAGUGCCAAUAAACCCCAAAGCAACCUUCCUGAAAAGAAUCCAGGUGGUGACAUUGUCUGUGAAAUCCCUUCCCUUUCCAGGAAAAAUGAGUUAAUUAUCUGGGUGUAUUUAGCACCUUUGCAAGAAGAGAUAUAUAGGAAGUUUGUAUCCCUAAAGCACAUCAAACAGUUGCUAAUGGAAACACGUUCACCUUUGGCUGAGCUGACUGUCUUAAAGAAGUUGUGUGAUCACCCAAGAUUACUGUCAGCACGGGCUUGCAGUUUGUUAGGUCUCAAAGAAGGCAACUUCUCUGGUGAAGAUGAAAGUGAAGUCGCUUAUUCGGAUAUCUGGAUUGAUCAGGUACCUCAUGAGUCCCUAAUGCAAGAAUCGGGGAAAGUGAUAUUCCUUAUGGCUUUGCUUAAGAGAUUACAAGAUGAAGGACAUCAAACUCUGGUGUUUUCCCAAUCCAGAAAACUUCUAGACAUCAUAGAGCACCUUUUAAAGAAAGAGAAUUUCAAGACUUUGCGUAUUGAUGGAACUGUUACUCAUCUUUCAGAAAGACAGAGGCGAAUUGACUUAUUUCAGAGGAGUCACUGUGUCUCUGUUUUUCUCCUUACUUCCCAAGUAGGUGGAGUAGGUCUCACUUUAACUGCGGCGACUAGAGUGGUCAUCUUUGAUCCUAGCUGGAAUCCUGCAACUGAUGCACAGGCUGUAGAUAGAGUUUAUAGAAUUGGACAAAAAGAAAAUGUUGUGGUUUAUAGGUUGAUCACCUGUGGUACAGUGGAGGAGAAGAUAUAUAGGAGACAGGUUUUCAAGGACUCAUUAAUGAGACAAACAACUGGGGAUCAAAAAAACCCCAUGAGAUAUUUUAGCAAGCAAGAACUAAAAGAGCUCUUUACAAUAGGUAAUUUUCGGAGUUCUGCAACACAGUUGCAGCUGCAGUCUUUGCAUGCUGGUCACAGAAAGACUGAUAAGAAGUUGGAAGAACAUAUUGCUUACCUGCAUACUUUGGGAAUAGCAGGAAUCUCUGACCAUGAUUUGAUGUUCACACAUGAUUUGUCUGUUCAUGAAGAGUCUGAGGUAGGGGAAUCGCAGUAUGUUCAAGAGAGGGUUCAAAAGGCUCAACUCCUAGUGGAAUUAGAGUCUCAGAAUAAUGCGCUCUUACUGAACAAUGCAAGAACCAGAGUUGAGGAAACCUGGCUGAAAGAACCUGCAUCUCCCAAAGCAAAGGAAAAAUACGCUGCAUAUAAUGUUGAGCAUAAUUCUUCAGCAUCUAUCAUUGUUGAUUUUACACAAGAAGACUCUUUCAAUUCUGCAAUGGCCCAUUUAAGUGUUACUGAAGACAUCGAGGUCUGUGAUCUCUCUGCCGUGAAUGUGGAUGUGUCUGUAAAACAACCUGAUGUUCACAUAUCAGAGUACAAGACUGGUGAGGAAUUUAUAACUACUUUUUCCAACGAAGACUGCCAUGAAAUACAAACAUCAGAGACCAAGAAUCCUGACGAUAGUAGUCAAGUUUUACCAGAUCACACUCAGGAGAGGGUAAAGAAGUUAGUUCAGGAAACAGCAAAUACUAAUCUUGAGCCAAAUCCAGAUCUGGAAUCUUCCAUUUUGCCUCUUAGUCUAGAGAAGUCUAUGGAAUUGGGUACUUCUCUCAUUAGCUUAGUAGGCAAUUUGUCAGCAGGCCAGACUGCAGUGGAGAAUUCUAGACCAAAUGAGGCCAAGUUAGGAAAAGAAUCCUUGGUUCCUUCACUGCAGGAUGCUGAUUUCAAUCUUUUCUUGGAAGACUCUCUGGAGAGUGGACAGAAUCUUUCCAAGCAGUCUUUGGAGCCCACUGAAAGGGAGAACAGCGUGAGGGAUUUAGUAACUAAUCCUAGAGGGCAGAGUAGCUUUGGGUAUCCACAGCUUGAGAAUCUCUCUGAUCAAGAAAGUGAACUGGAGGACAAAAUAGCUCCUGUGAAAAUGAGAAACAUGAUGAAGAGGAUUGUUUCAGAAGAUGAAGAUGAUUCUGUGACAGAAGGGAUGUUACCCCCUUUCCCAAAUCCAUUACUAACACAAUUUAGUUCAACUCCCAAAAGCAAUAGAUCUCAAUCUGAACUGUUUUUGCCUGAAAUACGUAGUGGUGAAAAUAAUUCUGUAAUUUCUAGAAGAUCCCUGGCUUCAAGGAGAUCUCUUAUUAAUGUGAUUUUAGACCAUGUUGAAGAUAUGGAGGAAGGAAUGGAAGAAGGUGCCAGUGAGCAAAAGAGUACAGACAAGUAUUUAGAAGAAGAAACAGCAGAGUAUAGUCAAGAGUCUGAACAUUCAGAAGAGGAACCCGCAGAAGAAAUCUCAUUGUCCCAAAGUGAGCCCUGUUCUUCAUCUGUGCCUCACUCAGACUUAGCCCAGGGUGCAUCUGGACAGGAUCCACAAGAGACUACCGAACACAACCCCAGUUCAGCUCCCGGGACAGAUGACUACGAAGCUCUUGUGAGGUGUGGAAAGGAACUGAAAGAGAGCGGGAAAAUCAAGGAAGCACUCAACUGUUUAGUUAAAGCCCUUGAUAUAAGAAGCACGGAUCAACAAGUCAUGCUCCUGACUUUAAGUUUAUUUAAGCAACUUAAUCAAAAUUGAGAAUGUGGUUUGUUUGCUAUACUUGAAAAUCCACUGAAGGGUUAUCUAUGCUUAUUUUUCUAACUCAGUUUCUCCUCAUUUAAGGUGAUGCUUCGAAUAAAAGAUAGGUUCUAGCAUGUUUAGCAAGUACCACGUUUAUGUUCCUAUGUUUUUAUGAACAUUUAUUACUCCCAUGAAGACUGGGGCGCAGGAUUGCGAUUUUUGUUGACUUUUGUUCUUGUGUGUUUUGCUGCUGGGAUGGACAGUCCAUAUGGGACAGUAUUGUUUUUUUUAAAGGUUUUUUUAAGUUUAAAAGUGAAUUGACCCUGUUUUGAAAAGCCUCCUUGGGGGUUUGCAAUCUAGUUGGGAAAAUUAAAGUGAAUUUAAUUCAAA